CUCCCCCUUCCCCCUGCCCGGAAAGGAGGCUGGAGGCGGGAGGCGGGAGUGGGAGGGGGAAGCGGUGUCUUCCGUCUGUACACGCGACACUGAGCAGCUUGGAGGAAAGCUGAGGCUGCUGAGGCAGUAGCUGCAGCCCCUUCGCCACCCCAGGCCCGUGGGCUUGCCCAUCCCCCCACAUAACAUUUUAAAGAUCUGAUACACUGCUGGUAAUAUCAAUACACUUUGAAUAAUGGGAAGAAGCUACAUAGUAGAAGAAGCUGUUGGACAAUACCUUUUAAAUUUCAGCAAUCAAGAAAAAGCUUUUGUCUCUGGUCUUUUGAUAGGACAGUGUUCUUCACAAAGGGAUUAUGUAGUUCUUGCCACUAGAACACCACCCAGAGAAGAGCAGAAUGAAGGCACAAGAUCUUCUCAAUCACAACUGAAUGAUUUAGAUGAAGAAUGGACUACAACACAUGCCAAUCAGGUAUCUAGGAUGCUACCUGGAGGUUUAUUAGUUCUUGGAAUAUUUAUUAUUACUACUCCGGAUCUUGGGAAAGAUGUUCAGAAUGCCUUACGCAGGCUAGUGUUUGCUGUGGAAAAAUCUCUAACUAAAAAGAGACUAUGGAAUCUCACAGAAGAUGACAUCUCAGACCGGGUCACACUUCAUGUCUGCUCAGCUACAAAAAAAAUACUUUGUCGCAGUUAUGAUAUCCGUGACCCAAAGAGUUCAGCAAAACCUGCAGACUGGAAAUAUCAAAAUGGACUAUCUACUUCGUGGCUUUCUUUAGAUUGCACAAUUCAUGUUAACAUUCAUGUCCCACUUUCAACUACAACCGCCAGCUAUCCCCUUGAAAAAAAUACAAAGACUGGACUUGCACGUUGGGCCAAGCAAAUUGAAGGUGGUGUGUAUUUGAUCAAUGGACAAGUUAAAGAAGAAGAUUGUGAACUGCUAGAAGGACAGAAAAAGUCUUCUAGAGGAAAUACUCAAACUACUGGUCAAACUUUUGAUGUCAGGGUUCUAACACAUUUGCUCCUCAAUUCAAAUCACAGAUCUACAGCUACAGUCCAGGUCUGCAGUGGUUCUGUAAACCUCAAGGGUUCUGUGAGAUGUAGAGCUUAUGUUCACAGCAACAAACCCAAGGUUAAAGACGCCGUGCAGGCAUUAAAGAGAGAUAUAUUAAACACAGUGUCUGAUCGUUGUGAAAUACUAUUUGAGGAUCUUCUGUUGAAUGAAACACCAGGCAUAAAAGAUUCUGAAAAAGAAUUCCAUGCUCUGCCACAUCGAAUAUUUGUCCCCAUUCCUGGAUCCAGUGUAAUGCUGUGUGAUUAUAAAUUUGGGGAUGAAUCAUCUAGGGAAAUUCAGGAACGUUUUGUGGAAUUAUUGGAUCAGCAUGUAGGAGUAGAUGAUUUAGAAAUUGCAGAGGAAAUCAACACAGCCAGUAUAAAUUCAUGUAUGAAAAGGGAAGACAUACCAGACAACACAUAUGAUGAUCAACCAAAGCAUCUGAUUAAGACUACAAUGGCAUUGAGAAUUCAGCAAAACAUAGGUGUGGCAAUCGCUGCUGUGGUAGCACUCCUUGCUGCAGGCUUUUCCUUUCAUUACUUCAGUGACUAAUCUUAGACACAAGGAGCAUUCUACUCAUUGUUGGAACACUGACCGGGAAUGAGUGGCUGAUCCUGAAGAUGCAAGCAAGACCUAGGGGAUAGCCAGAUCUGUUUCCAUAAAUGGCUAAUAGGUGUACUUCUGACAUGUCAUAAAAUCCCCAGCUGCCUUGUGUAGGCAUGCCAAUACUGUAGGUGGAACAGGUUUCCAAAAAUAAAGUGGCUUAUCUAGCUAAAAAUUUAAGUUACACUUAAUAUAAGAUUAUUUACCUAAAGAAUAAAAACAAAAACAGGUAUAGCAACAACAUGGUGUAGCAGAAGGACUGUUGAACUUGUAGUCAGAAGACUUGGGUUUGAGUCCUGCUUCUAUCGUUUAUUAUCUGGGAGAACUUUGGCAAAUCAUUUUAACUUCUGUGAGUUUUAGUUUCCUCAUUUGUAAAUGGGGAUAAUAAUACUACCUACCUCACAGGGUUGUUGUGAGGGUCUAAGGAAAUGUAUAUAAAGUGCUUUAGAUGAAAAAGGCACUAUAUACAUACGAGCCAUUAUUUAUUGUCUUUUCAAAUUGUGACACCAAUCAGAAUGUAUAAAAAUCUCAGUACCAUAGAAGGAUACCUUAUGGUUCUUGUGGGGCAGAAUGAUUGGACAGAUCACACAAUGAGAAAGAAAGUCUACCAUGUAGGCCUACACCAUAGGCCCUCUACAGUAGGCAGUUAGAAUGGUCCAAAUAAAAUGCAUGGGGAUCAAGAGCAUGCAUAUGCUCAAUAUCUCUCUUGUUAGCAUAUUAUAAUUAUCUUUUUAGGCAUCAUUGAUAAAUUUUUUUUGGUAUAUUUUAAUUGCUAUUCUAGUUAUUCUGUUGUAUCUUGCUUAAGGAUUAUAGUCCUUUAAAAAUGUUAUAAUUCUUUAAUUAGAAAACUGCAUCAAUUCAGCAGAAAACUAGUUGAUUUUUCUUAAUAUCAUGCUAUAAACUGGUGUUCUUACUGGGAAAAUUUAUGUGAAGAUAUUAAACAAUACC